GCCUAGUUCUCAAACACUCAAGCAAUUCUCUACACAAUUAGUCCAUUUCUCUUUUGUUAUACUCCACGUGAUUAUUAGCUACAACAUUUUGCAACAAUGGCUUCAAAUGGUGGAAAGCUUGAGGUCGAAAUUGAGGUGAAAUCUCCUUCACAAAAGUUCUGGGAAUGCCUUAGGAACUCCACCACUAUCUUCCCCAAGGCGUUCCCUCAUGACUACAAAAGCAUUGAUGUCCUUGAAGGCGAUGGAAAAGCUGUUGGCUCUGUUCGCCUCAUAACAUAUUCGGAAGGUUCUCCAAUUGUGAAAGUAUCGAAAGAGGCGAUCGAUGCAGUGGAUGAAGCAAACAAGUCAGUUGCUUACAAGGUGAUCGACGGAGAUCUGCUCAAGUACUACAAGAGCUUCAAGUGCAUACUAACCGUGACUCCCAAGGGAGACGGGAGCUUGGUGAAAUGGUCAUCUGUGUAUGAGAAAGCCCACGAACAGAUUCCUGAUCCAAGUCUCAUCAAGGAUUUUGCUGUCAAGAACUUCCAGGAGCUCGAUGCCUAUGUUCUGGCUAAUUAAUUAGUUAAUUAGUUAGCUAGAAAGCUUAAGCAUUGGAGAUUGGAGUUUUCCUUAAUUAUGAGUCAUAAUCUGAUGGCCGAAUAAAUAAGACGAGUUGUAGUCGUAUGUUUGCAUGCCAAGCUGGUUUAAUCCAUGUCUAGUUUGUAAGCAGCUUUUGCACGUACCGUAUGUUUCAAAAUAAAUGUUUUUUUUGUUUCUGUGCUUGCGGUAAUGCCCCUUGUUUCUGUACGAUUUUAAAGUAGCAAAAAUGAAAAAUAAAGUCACUGGACCUAAUAACCAAUUCCCAA